GAUUAGGUUAUACCUGCCGUUAUUAUUGCAUGAUUGCGCUCUUCUUGAACAAUGUCAAAAGCCGACACUGACGCAGAGAAGAGCGUUAUCGAACCUUUUCACGUUGUAGCGGCCGGUAGUGCUAUCGUUUGCGCUGGUAAGCAUUUCCUGUUACCGUUCUUUGUGGACACCGGAGCCACUAGAGCCGAUGUUACCCUGCGAUGUACUGUCUACAGGAGCUUUGGUAACAGCUACGCUUACCUAUCGAGCUGGGACAAAAGACUUGGCUGAAGACGGUAUCAAUCCCAGCAGCCGGCUGCGCGUUAUUCCCCUUGCGGCACGUACACUCGCUCUAAGCACUGUGUUAACCGGCGUCUUGGGAGUGGCGGGGUUCUACGUCCUCAAGGAGCAGGGUUUCUUCUCUACGGACCGUGCGGAGCUGCCAUCUGCCAAGGAGGCCGCACGCUUACUUCGUAACCCUCGGGUGCGUUCAGAGUUCGUCCACAGUUUCUGGGUAGCUACUACGCCGCCUUGGUACAAUUGAGCGCAACAAUGUGGAUGUGUUAUGGACGGCUAGCCCCGAGGGUCAUGUAGCCCAUUCCUGUGCAAACACGUCUGACGUAUGAUACAGGACCAUGCCCUAAGCUCCAGUCCUUCCCUGCCAUGCAGGCCUUCGUAAAUCAACUUGUUAAAGCCGAUAAGGACAAGGAGUGAUACGUUCAUUCGUGGGUCAUCUACGCUGGGGGAUACCCCAGGACCCCACGUCGGGGGAUACCCCAGGACCCCACGUCGGGGGAUACCCCAGGACCCCUAGCGCCGGGAUAGCCAUGAUUGGGGGAUUACAGUAUUUGGCUAGUUUGGAGGUGCUAGACGACUAAACAGCUGCAUAGUAUGAUAGGUGGACUAGUCGUAUACAGAUGCGUAUGAGUAUGUACAGAUGAAUGGCGGGUAGCCAGGUGCAGGUUGCCCAAAAUUGCGUAUAGUCUGGAGCUAAGCUGUUUAUUUUAGCAUAGAAGCAAUGACAACAUAGAUUUGUUUAGGAGAUGAAGCUGUUCGUGAUGAAGGCUCCAACAACGCAUGGCGCUGCCUGCCUUGCAUCGCGUAUUUGCCGCCUGGUUGCAAGCUGAUGUGGCAUAGACUUUUAUGGGUAAUAUGGGUAAUAGAGCAUGUCUGUUUGUCUGGUGGAAACAGGGAAGCUGAAAAGAUGAUGAUGUUCAAUUUGUACGGGAGCUCCAGGGGACCUUACGCCGCUCCGGUUGGCGGUAUUUUACGCUGCAACCCAUCUCAUUCCAACCCUCACUUUGGAAGCAGCCGAAGUCCCACCUGUGGACCUUCGUUUAGCUCAAGUUCCAUCCUUCUCCAGCUGAUCUCGAGGACCAGCAAAGAUGUCUGAGGGCAAGGAGCAUCUUUCCAUUGUCAUCUGCGGCCAUGUCGACUCCGGCAAGUCGACCACCACUGGUCGCCUGCUCUUCGAGCUCGGCGGUAUCCCCGAGCGUGAGCUGGAGAAGCUGAAGGAGGAGGCCGCUGCCCUGGGCAAGUCCUCGUUCGCCUUCGCCUUCUACAUGGACCGCGCUAAGGAGGAGCGCGAGCGUGGUGUGACCAUUGCCUGCACCACCAAGGAGUUCUUCACCGAGAAGUGGCACUACACCAUCAUCGAUGCCCCCGGUCACCGCGACUUCAUCAAGAACAUGAUUUCCGGUGCCGCCCAGGCCGAUGUGUGCCUGCUGAUGGUGCCCGCCGAUGGUAACUUCACCACCGCCAUCCAGAAGGGUGACCACAAGGCCGGUGAGAUCCAGGGCCAGACCCGCCAGCACGCCCGUCUGAUCAACCUGCUGGGUGUCCGCCAGCUGAUUGUUGGCGUGAACAAGAUGGACUCCGAUACCGCCGGCUACAAGAAGGAGCGCUACGAUGAGAUUGCCAACGAGAUGCGCCACAUGCUUGUGCGCGUCGGCUGGAAGGACGACUUCGUCAACAAGUCCGUGCCCAUCCUGCCCAUCUCUGGCUGGCUCGGCGACAACCUGAUCAGCAAGUCCACCAACAUGCCCUGGUACACCGGCCAGGAGGUGCUGAACCUGAAGAACGAGAAGGUGCAGGUGCACACCCUGCUGGACGCCCUGAACUCCUUCGUCACCGUCCCCGAGCGCAAGACCGAUGCCCCCCUGCGCCUGCCCAUCUCCGGCGCCUACAAGAUUAAGGGUGUCGGUGAUGUGCUGGCCGGCCGUGUCGAGCAGGGUGUUGUCAAGCCCGGUGAUGAGGUGAUCUUCCUGCCCACCCACACCACCGCCAACCCCUGCACCGGCAAGGUGUUCACCGUGGAGAUGCACCACAAGCGUGUGGACAAGGCCGGCCCCGGCGACAACGUCGGCAUGAACAUCAAGGGUCUGGACAAGGGCAACAUGCCCCGCACCGGCGAUGUGAUGAUCCUGAAGUCCGACGGAUCCCUGAAGAUCGUGAAGGACUUCACCGCCCAGAUCCAGACCCUGGAUAUCCCCGGCGAGGUCAAGAAGGGCUACUCCCCCAUCGGCUUCGUGCGCUGCGGCCGCUCCGCCUGCCGCAUCUCCAACAUCGACUGGAAGGUCGGCAAGGAGACCGGCGGCAAGAAGAUGGAGGCCCCCGUCGGCCUGAAGGCCAACGAGAUGGCCCAGGUCGUCUUCGAGCCCACCCAGCCCCUGAUUGUGGACUCGUUCAAGAACUGCGAGGGUCUGUCCCGCAUUGCCUUCCUGGACGGCAACACCGCCGUCAUGCUCGGCAAGGUGGUGUCCGUCACCCACAAGUAAAUGCACCACUAGCUUGGGCGCCUAGCUGCGACUGUAGUUGCGGCGGUGGCGACGAGUGAUGUGAUGUAUCGUUGGUUCUCGUAAGGUCCCAAGAGUGUUGGUGGGGUUUCUGAUGGUUUUGACUCAGGCCUCUAGUUUUGCUGGUGAAGGCGUAGGUUUGCGACUUGAGAGGAGGUAUGUUUACUUAGGCUGUGGGGCGGCAGUGAUGUUACUUCAAAAGUAGGGUAUGCUCUUGGCGUUGCAUGUGCAUAUGCUACUCCGCAUUGGCAGGUCUGUACCGCUGAUGCGCGCGAGCUGCCGGCCGCCCGCUGACUUGACGUAGUUUGUAGAUGGCAUAUAAUACAGGACUUGACUAAAUGACGGAACAUGACUUGGAGUAGCUUCAGCUGUCGACUCUGUAAUGCCUAGCCAACCAUUUUGUGUGUCCUUUUCGCACAUGGUCAAAAUUGCAAGUAUGCACAUUGUCAACAAGUUGCGCAAGAGGUAUCACCAGCCAGAAAUAUGUACAGGCUGUACAGCAUAACACUGUGGAACCGACUAGAU